ACAGUCAGCUGGUGCGUAUCAUGUGACCAUCAGUUGCGGAAAACGAAAAUGGCGAGAUCACAGCGAUUUACCCUAGUUCGGUUCUUGGCUUUUAUUGCCUAUUUAUGUUCAUAUUUCGCACUAGGAAGAUCGACUGUACAAGUGCCAUUUUUACUGUGGUCGACUGAAAGCCUACCAUCCCUGGCCUCUCCGGCGGCGGGUCAUGUUGUGUCCAGCAGCCAGCUGACCACGGACCUCUCCUCUGUGUUCAACUCUGGACCUCACACUGUGCUGCUGUUCCUGCAGGACAAGUUAAGCAAAGAUGACUUCACAAUAUAUGGAGGAGUGUUUGGCAACAAGGAUGAUGGAGCGUUCCUCAACCUUGAGGCUGCAAUGCAUUCUUCUCCUUCUUCCUUGGUUCUUCCUGCUGUGGAGUGGUCCGCUGUCCGCGAUGCACCAGCUCUGCUACAAGAGGCACUCGGUGUCUCACCGGUGCUGGUCGACCCAGAUACCCUUUCAGACCUUCAGCUCGACCCAGCUGUCAGCAAUUUAAUGUACUUCACCCUGCCAUAUUGUACUGGGUUGCACGAGUCUUGUGAUCAAGUGUUCCGCAGUAAUGAUCAAAUUAUUGGGAAAGUUUUGAGUAUCAUGAAAGCCAAAAACCUCCUCUACACUGCUAUCUACACAGGACUCCAGCCAUCUCGGAUAAUUCCAGAGACCUUGAUGUCUGAGCAGCCACAGGGUCGCUCGCUGCUUCAAUCCCCACCAGAAACAGAUGUCCCAGCUCCUAUUAUGUUCAACGUUUCAAACAACCCUUGCAUUAUGCUAUGGGCUCAGAACCUCUCUGUGAGCUUUACCCCCAGCCCUCAGUGGAUUGACCUCGCCAAGGAGACCCCUACAUUUGACGGAUCCCUUUGCAAUGGGACUAACUCAGUGCUUGUCCUUAACUACCAAUCUGGAAUCGUUCUAAGUUUCACCAUGAGUCAGAAGUUAUACCCCGUAUCGGCACGGCACUGGUUCACCCUGGAUUCUGUGCUUCUGAAGUCCCCCAAUGGGUCCGUGUCCUUCAAUGGCAGCCGGGGGAUCUAUGCCCCCGCGGAGUACUCCUUCCACUGCAUGUCCGUCAACAGCUUCCGUGAUCCCCUGCUGAUACGGGGGGAAUCCGACCCCAACACUUCUAACUGGAUGGUCAACUUCGUAGACUUCCAGAUCCAGGGCUUUGGUUUGGCCAAUGGAACAGAUUUCUCCUAUGCCAGCGAUUGUGCCGGAUUCUUCAGUGCAGGCAUCUGGAUGGGGCUUCUGACCACUCUGCUCAUGCUCUGGAUCCUCACCUACGGCCUGAGCAUGAUUCUCCAGGUGAACACCGUGGACCGAUUUGACGAUCCCAAAGGCCCCUCCAUCUCCGUGCCCCUGACAGAUUAAUGCAGCCGUACUCCCAAAGCCUCUUCAAAGUAUAUUUAUGAUCGGUGGGGUGCUACUCUAUGAGAAAAUGCAUUCCAACUCAGGGCCUCACUCUUUGAAACUGUUUAGAAUUAGUUUUGAAUUUGCCAACAAUUGCCUAACUUGUGGAAUGAAGUUGCCAUCCACUCCUCAGCAGUCCUUUAAUUUAGUGGUACAACACAUAACACACAUUGCAUGUUACAGUUGUAACUGUACUGUGUGCUCCAUUUGAUUUUUGCCAAGGAAAAUUCCACUGUGCCCUACUCCUUCACAAGUGCCAAGAUGCCACGUGGUGAUUAGCGUUGAUGUAUUAUUUGUCUAAUCGCUUGUGGUUGUAUGUAGUUAUGUCAAUGAACGCUAUUUGGGUAAAAAAUUGAAUGUUGCUAUCGUUGUGGGUUGUCAUUUUAUUAUUUUAGAUUCUGAUGCCAAGCUAAAUUUAAAGUCUACUGAUGGAGGAAUUAUCUUUAUAUAAGAAUGUGCUCACUGAUUGCCUUAAGAAAUAGUUGCCUUGUGGAAAUGCCAUGUUAAAUGCCUUACGUGAGCCAUUACAGAAACAUGCCUGAAACAAA